CGCCCAUUGAGGAAUUGCUCAACUGUGCAACUGUUGAGUCUGCCGAAUGCAGCUGUUAAGAACUGAUAAUCGCUGAUUACUCACUGAGUGGUUUCUCCGCUGAACGCGCCCUAUAUGAAAAUUAACCGUGUAUACAUCACAUAAACACACGUAAAUAAUCGUGUAGACGUAAUCUCAAUAAUAGCUUUAUAGCACAACCCUGAUAUGCAGUAUUCUUAAAUGAAUAUGAGUUAUAUGGAGUUUUGUGCAUAUUUUUCAAGUAUCAAUGAAGUCUAGCAAAAAUUUUAGUCACGGUGCGUUAUGGGGAGAGCUACCAGCGCGAGAGAUGCUGAAGCAGGAAGUGAUAACACCGGACAUCAUAGAAAAUGUUUGGCGACAAGUUAUAGAUGACUCAAACAAUCCUGAUUGUGACUACCGCAAUGACAGGCAAACCGAGUACUUGCAAUUACCAAUGGGAAAUCUUCAUGUACUGAACACCAUAAAUCUUCACCAACAACUACGAACGAUGGAGGAAGGAACUGUGCUUGGAAAUAUGACUACAAUAGAUUCAAAGGAUUCACAAAAUCUGACAGAUUCUAAGAAUCUAUUUCAUUUUCCAUCUCACCAGACAGAAAGAUUUAGAAACAAAUUUAAAGACUGCUCUACCAUUCAUCACUUAACACCACAAACAGCGCGAAACCUGUUGAAGCACAGUGUGAUUACUUUGUUAGCCCAUAUUGGUUUCGAAAAUUCAUCGGAUAUAGCUAUAGAAACAAUCACCGAUGUCGCAGAUCAUUUUCUGAGGAGGAUGACUCUGUUGUUAAAAGUUGCAGUUGAGCAAAAAAAUCAUGGAUUUCCUGACAUUAUGGAAAGAGUGCUGGUAGAGACAAGUGUUGGAGGAGUGACUGCGCUGCACGACUAUUAUCAGGAGUACAUUCUGAAGUUUGAAGAGAACAUGAAAGGAAAGGUCGAAGAGAUGAUGGAGAGACAGAGAAUAUUAGAUGAAGCCGCCAGCAAAUCACAAUACGAAGAAGACAACAAUGUGUAUCAUGAAGUGCCGACACUUCAGUUGCUCGAUCCAGAUAUGGGUUUUCCACCCAGCCUGGACGCUGGCUUUCAGAUGCUCUACAGUCUCGAGCAGGAUGAUGCUUCUAGAUUAAACAGUCUGGAAGUGGAUGAGGAGGAGGAGGUGAAUGUAAGCGAUUCACCGAAUACAACAGGGCAACGAUCCGAUGCGUCUGCUGAUAAAAGAUGUUAAGUUAUUGAGAUAUGUAUAAACGUUUUUACGAGAUCUCGGGAUAGGAUCACAUGGAACAUAUUUAUAGCCGCGGUCUAUGUACUCGUUAUAUUGUUUUAAUAAAAACAGAAUUUUAAAUAUU